AGAUAUCUAAUUCCUUGCUGCUUUGGGGUCCAGGUGCCCCCACCCUGUCACGUUUGCAGGGAUGCUGGAGAUGGGAGUGUCCUACCUGCCAGUCAAUGGGAAUUGGAACAGGUACCUGAACGAUGCUCAGGGUAUUUACGAGGAGCUGCAGAAGGAGAUGAAGAAGUCCCUGAUGAACCUGGCCAACGAUGCCUGCCAGCUGCUGCACGAGCACAGGUACAAGGAUGACCCUUGGCUCUGGGAUCUCGAAUGGGACACACAGGAGUUUAAGCAGAAGAAGAAUCCAGGGAAGAAGAAGAAGAGCAAAGGUCAGGAUGGGAACAGCCAAAUCUCCCCAGCAGCAAGGGAUGCAGAAGAGUCAGCCCAGGAGUGGCAGGAGGACCCCGGUCCCCCCAGUGAGGAAGAGGAGCUGAAAGUCUCUGCAAGCCAGCUCUGUCUGGAGCGCCUGAAGGAGACGGUCGCGCUGCAACCCAAGAGACUCCAGCACCUGCCGGGCCACCCGGGCUGGUACCGCAAGCUGUGCCCGCGGCUGGAGGAGGAGGGCUGGGUGCCUGGCCCCAGCCUCAUCAGCCUGCAGAUGAGGGUGACCCCAAAGCUGAUGCGCCUGGCCUGGGAUGGCUUCCCCCUCCACUACUCAGAAAAACAUGGUUGGGGAUACCUGGUGCCAGGACGGCAGGACAAUUUGCCAGCAGCCCCUGUAGAGACCGAUGGCCCCUCCUGCCCACACAGGGUGAUUGAGAACCUGUACAGGCAGCACUGCCUGGAGAAGGGCAAGGAGCAGCCCCCGGGGCUGGAGGCGGCUGCAGAGGACGAGCUGCUGGCGAUGGACAGCAGCACGAUAUGGCAGAAGAUGGAGGAGCUGAGCCGGAUUGAGGUGGAUCCAGAGGAGAAAAUGAACAAAGCGGACCAGAGCGUGGUGGAGGAGGUGGAAGAGCUGAGGUGGGCAGAGAUGAAGAGCAAGCCCUCGUUCCACCAUGGCAAUGGUCCCUACAACGAUGUCAACAUCCCUGGGUGCUGGUUCUUCAAGCUGCCUCACAAGGACGGGAAUGAUAACAACGUGGGAAGCCCUUUUGCCAAGGAUUUCCUGCCCCAGAUGGAGGAUGGCACCCUGCGGGCUGCUGUGGGCCGCACCCACGGGACAAGAGCCCUGGAGAUUAACAAAAUGAUCUCGUUUUGGAGGAAUGCUCACAAGCGGAUCAGUUCCCAGAUGGUGGUGUGGCUGAAGAAAGGGGAGCUGCCUCGUGUGGUGACCAGGCAUCCUGACUAUAACGAGGAGGACAGUUAUGGGGCCAUCCUGCCGCAGGUGGUGACCGCAGGCACUGUCACCCGCCGGGCGGUGGAGCCCACCUGGCUGACAGCCAGCAACGCCCGGGCCGACAGGGUGGGCAGCGAGCUGAAAGCCAUGGUGCAGGUGCCCCCUGGCUACUCCCUGGUGGGAGCAGACGUGGAUUCCCAGGAGCUGUGGAUUGCCGCGGUGCUCGGCGAGGCGCACUUCGCCGGCAUGCACGGCUGCACGGCCUUCGGCUGGAUGACUCUGCAGGGCAAGAAGAGCAACGCCACGGACCUGCACAGCAGGACGGCCGCCACCGUGGGCAUCAGCCGGGAGCACGCCAAGGUCUUCAACUACGGGCGCAUCUACGGGGCGGGGCAGCCCUUCGCCGAGCGGCUGCUGAUGCAGUUCAACCACCGGCUCACGCAGCAGCAGGCGCGGGAGAAGGCCCAGCAGAUGUACGCCGUCACCAAGGGCAUCCGCAGGUUUCAUCUCUCCGAGGAGGGGGAGUGGCUGGUGACGAAGCUGGAGCUGGCUGUGGACAGGGCGGAGGAUGGGUCGGUGUCGGCCCAGGAUGUCCAGCGGAUCCAGAGAGAAGCCAUGAAAGGGUCCCGGAGGGAGAAGAAGUGGAAUGUGGUGGAGCAAAGAGUGUGGGCUGGAGGCACCGAGUCCGAGAUGUUCAACAAGCUGGAAAGCAUUGCCUUAUCCCCCUCCCCACAGACCCCAGUGCUGGGCUGUCACAUCAGCAGGGCCCUGGAGCCUGCCAUGGUCAAGGGGGAGUUUGUGACCAGCAGAGUGAACUGGGUGGUGCAGAGCUCGGCUGUUGACUACCUGCACCUCAUGUUGGUUGCCAUGAAGUGGCUCUUUGAGGAGUUUGACAUCAACGGGCGCUUCUGCAUCAGCAUCCACGACGAGGUGCGGUACCUGGUCCAGCACCAGGAUCGUUACCGGGCAGCCCUGGCCCUGCAGAUCACCAACCUCCUCACAAGGUGCAUGUUUGCCUACAAACUGGGCCUCCAGGAUCUGCCGCAGUCAGUGGCUUUCUUCAGUGCAGUGGAUAUUGACCAGUGCUUAAGGAAAGAGGUGACCAUGAACUGUGUGACGCCGUCAAAUCCCACGGGGAUGGAGAAGUAUGGCAUCCCUCAAGGGGAAGCACUGGAUAUAUAUCAGAUAAUUGAAAUAACCAAAGGUUCGCUGGAGAAGCAAUGACGACACCAGAGUGCCAGGACAACUGUCCAGACCGCGUGCCAAAGCCUCCCUGUCCUUUCAGAAGCAGAUCUUCUGGCAGGGACUGACUGAUCCCAGCUGCUUCCUUUCCAUUUUGCUGUAAGAAGGGAUAUUCCUGGGGAAGAUUCAAAUAGCAGAGGCACUUCUGAUGGCAGCAGCCAGCUGCGAAACCUGAGACAGGGGCCAGAGUUGCUCCCAUGGACACAAAGGAAGAAGGCAUAAGUAUCUGGCAAGAGAAGCAAUAAGCCAUCAUCUUCUUAUCUGCAGUCUCUGAGACCAAGGCGGGUCCACCACGGAACAGGCACUGUGAGAGGAGGCAGUGGCAGCAACCCCAGUUUAUUUUUUUCUCUGUCUCUUCCUUUUGGGUUCCUGGUUUUCAUCUGUCUGCUCCGCCAUGCUGCUCUGGAGAGGGGAGGGAGAGAGCACCAGUAGAGUGUGAUUGGUUUUGAGUCAAUAGUUUAAGGAAUGGUUACCUAGAGCAAGAAGCCAGCUGUGCAGAACAGGAUUUAGCUCUUUUGUUUCUCACUAACAAAAUGACCUGAAUAUGGGAUUCCUGUCAGCCACUGAGACUUUCCCCAUGGGCUACCCCCUCCCCAGUUCAUGCUGGAACUUAGACCACGGGCUACCAGUGGCACAGGAUAGGGACUCUGUCCUGGGUUUUGGCUUGUUGAAACACUCAGGAAAAUAUGGCCAGAAGCACCAAUAAAAACCUGGACAAUCAGCAGAGUAAAUGGUUUAUUUUUCUUAGCCAGCAUGUUGCACUGCCUUCACCAGCACUGUGUAGUGGGGAUGGGUCUGAGGAGAACGAUGCCUUGCAGAAUUUGCCCUGCCAGGUCUUUAUCUACAGAAACUUGCAUACAAAACCACUUUACAUCGUGCUGCAAAGAGCUGAUCCAGGCAAACAGUUUCACUUCCCCAAGACCAGGGACACAGAGCUGGUGCAUAAAAAUAAAGGUUGCUUGAGGCAGAGGGCUGGGGUAUAGAGUGUGUUCUGAGAGAAGCUGUUCACUCCUUCCAUCAGUUUAGUGAGAACUAACCUGGGGAAGACAAGCUGUUCUAACCUCACACAUUCCUGCACAACUCACAAAUACAGCUGGCUUCUAAAGA